ACAUGGAUGUUUGAUGUGAGAGUUAAGACGGAUAGAAAACAAUUCAUUCUGGUGUUGGUGUAGAUUUUUUUACAUAUUAAGAUUUGGGCUAUUGGAUUUCUUAAAGAUUGCACAGUAAAAGAGAGCGGAUUUGAUAACACCAUAUAUAUGCAAUGCUUAUUUGAAUAUAAACAAUAUAUCUAAUCAAUUUAAAUAAAGCAAAGUGAAACAAUUGAACGAAACACUUCACUUCUGAAAUACGGAAUUAAAUUUCUCUGUUUAACACAGCUGCAGAAAUAAAAAAAAAUUCCAAUAUCUCUGUCGACAGUAUUUUUACGAGAAUAGUAAUGUCAGGAGUUUGGGUAAAAAGUACGGGUGCUACGGCAAUAUUUUAACCUGACAGUGCCACUAGGAAACCGAAUGCAGUAUCGACAAAAAGUGUUAGCACAACCGGAUGGCCCAUAAUGCAAGGUCUAAAUCCUUCAAACCAAAUUACAAAUUUACCAAGCAUGUCGUUGAUAAACAACAAAAUAAAUUUUUCAUCACGGAAACGGUCGUCAUCAGAAACACCCCUGCAUGUAUACGGGAAAAGACCGAACUUUAUGACAAACGUACAAUCUGGAGAGGGUAGAACACAAACAAUAUUGCCAUUGAAAAGUAAUGGAGAGAAGGUGUCACAAUUAUUUACGGUACCGAAGCAUGAAAAUAUAUCGUCAGCUCAACUGGAACACACCAGCGCUCUGUCCAAACUUUCAACGUUGCAUGGAUGCUUAUCUUUAUCUACACCAAGAACUAAUUAUGCACCGUGUAAACGAAAACUUUACUUAGAUAAUAUAUUGGAAGAAAUUACUCUUAAUAAAAUUGACAAACAACAAUCUAAGCGCCUUGUGGAUCAAACUCUGAACUCAAUUACUUCAAGAUUUGAUAGAUAUCAAGAUGGCGGAAUCUACAGACGUCAAUAUAUUGAUGCUGGAAGCUAUCCUGUGAGGCUGAAGAUAAACAAAGCUGAUGAAUUUGACGUCAAUAUUCCUCUCAACAUUGACGUGAAAAGAGUUCGAUGCACUGGCAAUGUAAACUACGUUUUCAAAGACCAAAGACCAAUUUUGUGUUUGGAGAAACAGCUUUUCUUUGAUCCACAAGGAACGGCGAUUCCUCUAGGCUAUGCUGUUGUUGAAGUAGAGAUGUGUAAUGGAGGAUGCAAUCCUUUUUUGCCACGAAAUAGAAAUGAACUUCCGAGAAAGUUCUUACAUAUUGGUCUUCCAAUACCUCGGCAGGAUGCUCAAUAUCGUUACUACAUGUUCCAUCCCAGAUAUAGGUUUGGCUUCAUGGAUUCAUUACAAAGAUCAAACAUAAGUUCAACAUUUCAAAACCGUAUUGAACUCAUUCCAGCUGAUGUUAAGAGAGAUUUGUUUGAGAAAAUACAACGUGCAACAUCUUUUCGAUGGAAUCAGCAUUCAGUGCAUGUUUCUAAAGUAAAUUAUGGACCGGCAUUAAAAAUGACGUUGGUGCCAUUUCAAGGUUCACCAGUAAAGCACAACAUUAACGUGGAUGUAACCCUGUCUUUGGAGUGCGAUAUACCUCUGUCGAGGUUUGGAUGGCCGAGGGAAAAAACAAAACAAGCCUUUGAGCGGAAUGUUAUAGAUGAAGUUUUGAACGCAGGAAUACAUCUUGUACCAAAGAAAGAUUUAUUUUGGGCGAUAUCUUUCUCGAAGGCAGAAAGAGCUCUUCUAUCGCGAUUGGAUACAGAUGGCGGCUGCAGAAAAUAUGUUACUAAGAUAAUGAAGAAGUUCGUGAUGAAUUGUAGCUCGCAGUCCACCAAUGGACUUCCUGGAAUAUCCUCACAUAUUAUAAAGACACGAAUCCUCUGGUCUUGUGAAGAACACAGCAACGUGCCAUCGUACUGGUGCUAUUUUAAUAGAGAUGUAUGUCUGAUUAACACGCUAGAAGAGUUCAUUAAUGAUCUAGAUUCAAGAUGGCUGUCAGAAUAUUUCAACUCGGGUAUAAAUAUACUGCAGGACAAAGAUGUCAGCGUACUCGACACGCUAUCGUCUUUUAUGAGGAGAAGACAAAAAGAACUUUUAAACAUGUAGAAGUUUAGAAGUGAACUUGGGUAUUACUAGAGGUUUCGUAUUUUUCAAGCAGUAUAGGACGAUUUAUAAAUAACAAAUAUGUAUGAAACUGCAAUAUUUCAUCAAUGAUAUAAACAUCAGUGUGUUCAAAUUAAUUAAUAAUUAGAUAAAGUUGUACAUUUGGUGAGAUAUGGAUCUAGUUUUGCUUAAUUUCAUUCAAAUAUCACCCUACAAUGUUGACAUAAAGAUAAAAGGCCUACGUACAAUGUAAAUUUAGAUUGAACUACAAGAUUAUAGUCCAAAGUUAUAUAGAAACAUUUUAACAAGCUAAUUAUUGUGCUGAAUAGAUAGAUAUCCCUUGCCAUAAGAUAUCACUUGACUGAUUCCUUUUUAAUCUGAGGUACAUAAUACGAGUUAAAUUGAACUAUAAUUGUACAAACUCACAAUAUUGCAAAUUGCUAUGCUAAAAUGUUCUUGUUAAAACAUCCUUUUGAGAUAUUAUUAAUUAUUGACAUGUAAGUAUUAUCAUUAUGUUAUGUUAUUUCAUUUUGGUCACUUUUCUAAAGUGAGUAACUAAUAAUUACUAUUAUAAGAUUCAAGUGUUGCAAAGCAUGAACAUGUAUGCUCCAUUUCAAUUAAUCCAAUUACACCCUAGAAUUUAAUGUAAUUUUUACUUACUUGGCAAUGAUACUUGUAAGAUUAACAUGUAUCUCACAUGAAUUCAUUAAUUCUAUAAAAUCACUAUCAAGGUUUUGAAAAUCUAACAAAUUACAGCUACGUAAUGGUAAAGGUAAACCUAAUAUUCAGAAAACGAUGUUUUGGUAUGUGUGAACAAGUAUAUGGAUGUUUUGAUUUAUGCAGGAUAUCAAUUAUUUAUGAUUAUCAAAUGACAUAAAUUGCCGCUUCAUGUAAUUGAAUUAUAAUUGGAGUUGCAUACAUUGUUUUUAUAAACUUGUAUAUACGAGGGUUGUCCCAAAAGUCCGUGACAAAUUUUACAGACAGUUCAUUUUUAACGCCAAUAGAUUAACAUCAAAACAUUCGCAUUUUGUUAUGAAUAGGCUGAAAUAAAUUAUAUAAAGUAUAUUUUAAACGCAUUUUGAAAUGUACAUCUUUAUGAUUUUAAUGUUUCAAGUAUUAACCUGUUACGAUAGAAGGUUACUCAUUCAUUAACUUAUGAUGUCUGGUGUUUAAUAUUGACUUUUAUUUAUAUCUAAAUGUAUUUCAGCAUUUGUUUAAUAUAUCCUUAUAUACAUGUAUGCAUAAUAAAUAUUUUAAAAUGUU